AUGAAAGCCAGUUUGAUAACUCAAGAUCAUUAGUUUGAUCAACCUGAUAUGAAGCAGAAAGGUUCUAAGAAGAUGAGUGAUGCAUAAAUAGCUAGGAAAAGUGACUUGGACUGCACUAGAGACACUACUCUAAGAAGCAGCAGUGGCUGCGGAGACUAGUCAGAGUUGAAUCUGAAAGUUGAUAGUUCAAGUUCAUCUGCCCUUUUUAACGACUCUGCGAUUGAGUCGAUGGACGAAGCUCAGAGACAGAUCAAGUUACAGGCCAACUACAUUAUGAUUCUAAAGAAAGCUCUGAAGGAGGUGUUGGAUUAGAACGACACUCUUACUGACAGAGUAAGGGAACUCGAGCAAAUAGUGAUUGUGAAGGAGUAAGAAAGUGCUCAGAAGGAUAAAGCCAUUGUUGAGUUAGCACAGCUCUGUGAUCUUCACAUGGGAGGAGAACUUCAUAAUGCUAUUCAAACUUUGGACUAAACUCACACUCACAAUGAUCAGUAUGAUGCUUAAAGUUAAUUUGAAGAUGGAGGUAGCUUUUAAAAUGAGCAAUUUGAGGCUCAAAGUCAGAAAUCCCAAUGA